AUGUCUAAAUAUAUCAUUACCAUUGUUUGUAUUGUAGCCAUCAUUCAAUUGGCUACAGCCAUAUUCGAUGAUGAUCAUGAACCACAUGUUGUUAUACAUAAAGUUGGUUAUCCAGUUCAUAUUGUACAUAAAGUUCCAUAUAAAGUUCCCGUUUAUGUUCCGGUAAAAUUACCGCCAAAAGUUAUUGUGGAAAAAGUUGCCGUAAAAGUUCCGGUAGCUAUUCCUGUAAAAAUUCCAGUUAAAGUUGGUGUUCCAUAUCCAGUUAAAGUACCAGUUCCGUAUAAAGUUCCUGUUUAUAUUGAAAAAUAUGAAAGCUAUGGUGGUCAUGGUGGUUAUGACAAAUAUUAGAACAAAGAUUUCAAAUUCCAAUUUCAAAUUCAAAUUGUGGAUUACCUCACAACGAACCUGGACCUGAAUCUGGACCUGAC